AAUUUAGGGGGCGAGUUUGGCAAUUUGAAAGUUCCUUUAUCGGGCCCAAUUAAGGCGACCAAAAUUCCCCCCAAUUUCCCUCUGCAUCAUCAUCUUCUUCUUCUUCCGGCUUUGUACUUCUCCGUUCUGAGUCAUGCUUCCGGGUAUUUCUAGCCAACGCACCCACACUUACCACUCCCAAUCUCUCUCUCGUCUGCUCAAAAGAAACCACUCUCACUUCCGGCCAGGAGAUACCAAAACGAUGUCGUUGCGGUCGAAACUAUCAACCAAGCUCCUCAACAUAAGCAUAUCAUCGCUGUGCAAAGCGAAGCAAAUAUCCAAAGCCGAAUCCGUAAUAACCGACGGCAUAAGAAUCGGUGUGCUCCCUGACGCGGUCACAUACAACAUCCUAAUUGAUGCCUACUGUCGUUUCGCCUCAAUCGAUGUCGCAUACUCCGUCCUUGCGCGAAUGCGCGAAGCAGGGAUUGCCCCCGACGUCGUUUCGUACAAUUCGUUAAUCUCCGGCGCCGUCAGAAAGUCUAUGCUCUUCAAGUCCCUCGACCUGUUCGAGGAAAUGCUGGCGCGUGGCGUAACCCCCGACGCGUGGAGCCACAACAUCCAUAUGCACAGUCUGUUCAAGCUCGGAAAGCCCUACGAGGCCAAUCGCGUUUUCAAAGAAACCGUUCUCCGCGGCGAGGUUCACGCCACCACUUACAACGUCAUGAUCAACGGUCUCUGCAAGAACGGUUACGUCUCCCACGCAUUGAGCCUAUUCAGGAACUUACAGAGGCACGGUUUCGUGCCGCAGGUUUUGACCUACAACGCGCUUAUCAACGGGCUCUGCAAGGCCAAGCGGUUGAAGGACGCGCAGAUGGUGCUCAAGGAGUUUGGGGAAUCCGGUUACGAACGGAACGCGAUUACCUACACCACCGUCAUGCAGUGCAGCUUCCGGUGCGGUUUUUUCGAGCAAGGGUUAGAGAUUUUGUCGGAAAUGAGAAAUUUAGGGUUCACGUUUGACGGAUUCGCAUACUGCACGGUGAUUGCGGCGAUGAUCAAGACUGGCCGGACGCGCGAGGCGGAGGAGAUAAUUGAUAUCAUGGUGAGUACCGGCAUCCGGCCAGAUCUCGUGUCAUAUAACACUUUGAUUAGCCUUUAUUGCAGGCAGGGGAGGUUGGAGGAUGCAUUAAAGUUGUUGGAUGAGAUUGAGGAGGAGGGGUUGGAGUGUGAUCAGUACACGCAUACUAUUAUUGUUGAUGGAUUGUGUAAGGCUGGUAAUUUAGAUCGUGCUUGGAGGUACUUGAAUUAUAUGAGUACAUUAGGGUUUGGAUAUAAUUUGGUUGCGUUUAAUUGUAUGCUUGAUGGCUUGGGGAAGGCUGGGCAUAUUGAUGAUGCUGUGAAGUUGUUUGAGGGGAUGGAGGUGAAGGAUUCGUUUACUUAUACUAUAUUGGUGCACAAUCUUUGCAGGGCCAGGAGGUUCCUUUGGGCCUCGAAGGUGCUGAUUUCGUGUUUGAAAGGUGGAUACCAGGUGUUGAGGGCCACUCAGCGGGCGGUUCUUGUUGGCCUCCACGAUAUUGGGUUUACCAAUGAAGCGAGGAAGCUUCGGUCGAGGAUCAGAUUGGCAAGGCUUAUGUCUUGAUUGUGUGUGGUGAUUAUUUUGGAGGAACCUAUGUUAGAGUGAAGUCAGUCAGGCAACAAAAGAACGGUACUCUGUCAUGUGGGUCGCACAUUUGAUGAUCAGCAUAACUGUUGUUCAAAAGGAGUCUGUUAACCUUGUACUGCAAGAAAUUUAGUAUGUUAUUGCUUAGAAUUUGGGUUAUUAGCCACACUUGAUCGGUGAUUCAGAUAACUAACGAUACAAAGGGGAAACCAUUGACUGGGCAACUGUGGAUCCAUCUCCCAAUUUGUUGGAAGGGUCCAAAGCCUUUCAAAUCUGACAUGAUGUCACUGGCAAUUUAAGCCACCGGUACUCAGCUUCACAAAUUCAAAGAAUUCGUUGCUGCAAGUACACGACAGAAGCUUAUAUAAUUGUCACUGCGAGCACCUUUCAACGCUAUGUAUGUAUGUAGGGCUGGGCUGGGCUGGGCUGGUGAGAACUGUAUCUUUAUAUUUCUAAGUUUCUUCCGUCCUUUUCCCGAGAUUUCUCAUUUCCAGUUUGUCCCAAAGGAUAGCUCCAAUGAAAACCCCACGCAGGCUCAACCCCCUUCUGCUUGCAAACUGACCAGUGGCCAGUUUCGAUUGGGAAGCGCCCUGCACGGUGUACCGCAUUGUGUUGAGUGUAACAACGGGGUUGCUUGGUGCUUGUAAUCCUAGGAUUGGGGCUAGGAUCAUUGCUUUGGUUUGUGGUCCUUGCACUGAAGGACCUGGUUCGGUUGGAGUAGCAGAAAUCAAAGUUGCAGUUGAAAAAACUGGUGGCCUUGUUGUCCUGUCUGAAAUUUGAGGAUGGGGAGCAAUCUCUUGGUCUUUGUUUCAAUUGAUUAUGCAAUGAGUCAUUACCCGUCGGCAUGAUCGAAGAACAGUUUGAGUUUGGAGAGAUUUCUAAAAGAUUUGGAGUUUGGGACCAUAAAUCGGAUUGAAACCAUUACUAUCACGCCCUAAUUCUUCUAGUGGCUAGUAUAAUCUUUCAAAUCCAACACAGGAUAUUGCUGAGUUAAAUAAAUCUGAACCACGCUUCAAACAAAUGGUGGGUCAAAAUGAAGAAGAAACGAGAUGAGGUGUUUGGUGGCCUUAAAGUGAAAGGAGAGAUAGUGAGAUAUCAGAACCAUUACUGAGGCCUCAGUUCCCUGUGUUUGAUUCAAGGUUGUUCAUGCCACCAAGUGUAUGGUGAUUACUGUUACAACUUUUGUUAUGAGUUCAUCUUGAAUCCUAUAACUCCAUGCUGCAACAACUCUUUGGGUUUUCAUUCUAUUCAAGCAUUGAUCUGGUCUAUUAUGAUUUUGUAAGAUACAAGAACAAUGACAAAUGUAUUGCAUUGAUACUGAUUAAGUAAUUAGUAUAAAAUAGAAUGAAUGAAAAUCCACAAGGCAAGACAAAAUGGUGGAUGUCAAAUUAUAGAAUAUCACAACAAACUUUCAUCAAUCAUUAUAAAUCCCAAGGCUUCAAAAGACCACAAUGUUAACAAUCACAAAUAAAAAUAUUAUCAUUUAUUAUUACUAUUAUUAUUAUUAUUAUUAUUAUAUAUCUUUUAUCUAUUAAUUUUUUUUUUCACUUUUUAAUUUCUAAACUGUAAGUCUUUAACUAUGUAAGAAACUUUCAACUUAAAAUAUAUGUUUGGAAAUGCAACGUAGUAACGAGAAAUUUAUAAAAUUUAGUUAGGCUAAAAUCUUUAUUAUUAUGCCAUAGUUUUUAUCAUCGUGAAAGUAACAAAUAAUUCGAUUAAAAGAUAAUUUUUUUUAUAUUGCUAUAAUAAUUAUAAUUAGAAAGAAUUUGGUCCAAGUUUAAUUUAAAAUUAGUACAAUUAACACUUCAAUUCAAAAUUAGUGAACUAUUUUUUUAGUUUAGUUCGGACAAAUUAAUUCUUAGUUCAAUGCAAUUAGCAAUACACUUCAGUUUUGAUUUGCCCACGCAUAUAUGUAUGAUAUGAGUCUAUGAUCUCUGUCCCUCUCCAUCUCUCCUACUCUUUAAUGAAAGGGAUAGAAGAAUCUGUGUCUACUAUUUGACAUGCUGUCCUU